CAGGUUUUUGGUUUUGUUACGAAAAGUCCACUUCCUUUUUUUUGUUUGUUUUCUGCAGAUUUUUUCUUCCUCAUCCGGGAAUCGCACAGGAUGGAAUCGCUGCCGACCCGCCCACGUCCGGGGUAUAUAACCCACCGGCCGGGCCCGGCCCCCCACUCGGCCACGCGCCAUGGGGCUCGCGCUGUGGCUGUUCCUGCUGCUCCCGCUGCUGCGGGUCCCGCUGACCCUGAGCCCCUCGAGCAACCUGUCAUCGGAGCGGUGCCCGGCAAAGCCGAGCCCGGGCAGCAGGUGCGGGCCCAGGGAGUACUGGUCUGGGAGGCACUGCUGCCAAUGCUGCCCCGCAGGCCAGUAUGUCCGCAAGCCGUGCAGCAGCCCCCACACCCAGGGCGAGUGUGAGGCGUGUGACACAGGGACCUACACGGGACAUGCCAACGGCCUGCCGUCCUGCCAGCUGUGCACCACCUGCCGCAAGGACCAGGAGGAGGUGAGUGACUGCACCCCGACACAGGACCGGCGGUGCCAGUGCAAGACCGGGGAGUACUACUGCGACUCUGAGCACUGCCCGGAGGGCUGCUACCGCUGCACCAGCUGUCCCGGCGCCACCCUCCAGACCUGCACCCCCACGAGGGACACCAAGUGCGCCCCAGUAGCCCAGCCAGAGCCAGGACCCCCAGCCGGUUCCCUGUCUGUCAGCGCCUUGGUUGUGUCUGUGGUUGCCAUUGUCAUUGCCAUCGCCAUUGGCAUCCGCAUCGCCAUCGCCUGGUGGAGAAGACGAGGGGUGCUGCUUCCCCAGUGGCUGUGCCGGUUCAGGACAGCGACGUCGGGGGAGCCAGGCAGCCAUGCGAUACUGCGACCCACGGACCCUGUGAGGGGCCCCCCGGUCCCCGGCGCGGAGAUAACGCCGCUGUUGCCGGAGAAGGCUGACACCCCGACGCCUGGUGCCCUGACCCACCCGCGACCUUUAGCCAACCCCGACUUCGACCCCGACCCUGACCCCAACCCUGAUACCGACCUCGACCCUGACCCCGACCCCGACCCUGAUACUGACCUCGAUCCUGACCCCGACCCCGACCCUGACCCUGACACCGACCCUGACUCUGACCCCGACCCCGGGGCAGGAGCGGAGCUGCAGGUGGAGGUGGCGGGAGGCGGCCUGGUAGCCCCAGAGGCUGCGCCCCCGACUCCUGCUGCCGCUGCCCCGGGGGCCCAGGCCCAGGCUGAGAUGGACGCCGGCCUCCGUCAUUGAGCAGGAUCAUAAAUGAGGAUUUUGUGACGGACACGCCCCGCCCUGACGAGAGGAAGGGAGAGGGAGACACCAAGGAUGAGAGAAAAUCAUGGAUCAGCUCCCUCCUGCACGCCCCACACUGGGGAUCGAGCCUGAAACCCAGCCACGUGCCUCUACGGGGAAUAGGACCCUCACCUCCUGGUUCCUAGAUCAAUGCUGAACCACUGAGCCACACCUUCCAGGCCCCCAGGUGCUUUCUGGAACCCCAUCCUCUCGGGCAGCUCUGGGAGGUCUCCCCACUUCACAGGUCAAAGUUCCGGCAACCUGAGCCCACGAGGCUGCAGAACUCGCCCAGGCCUCAGACCCCAGCCAGGCUCCCCUGGCCGCAGCCUCGUCCGUCCUGCGGGUCCCACCGCCUCUGGGAGCCGGAGAGCAAGCGCAGGGCCAACCUCCGCACACCCAUCCCCCGCCCCAGGGCUGCCAACUCCCCGGAUCCUGGGUCCCUUCUCCAGGGCCAUGGGCGCCAGGACGAAUGAGCUGCAGGCAGGUCAGGAGCCACGCCGGGUCCUGGCCACACGUCUUCGUUCUGGUUUCCUUUUUUCAACCACCAAGAGGCUGAUUGUGAACGCGGACAUGAGGUCCCAGGCGGGACGGGAGGAACCUAUGACGUCAAUGGGGCUGGAAGGAAAUGGCUUCGAGACGCAAGACCACGGAAGCCCGGAUCCGACCCGCGUGGCGGUGCAAUGUUGCUCGGCCGGAAGGACCCGCUGGGAGGGAGCAGCCGUUCGCGCUCCUGGCGGCCUCCACACCACGGACUCUCCCAGACCUAUUGGCCAGAGGAAACCUCUCAGGUCGGCCCUGGCCAGUGCCGCUCAGUGGACAGAGCAUCAGCCUGCGGACUGAGGGGUUCCAGGUUAGAUUCCGGCCGAGGGCACAGGCCUGGGUUGCGGGCACAUCCCCAGUGGGGGCGGUGCAGGAGCCGCUGAUCAGUGAUUCUCUCUGAUCAUUGAUGUCUCUCUCUCCCUCUCCCUUCCUCUCUGAAAUCAAUAAAAAAAUAUAUAUUUUUAAAAA